AUGUCCGGAUUCGACGACAAUCCCUUUGGAGAACCAGUGGUGGAUAAUCCAUUUGCAGAUCCAUCAAUUCGAGAAGCUACCAGAAACAGCAUCAAUGUCCAACAGACCCUGGACGAGUACGAUCCUUUCUCGAAUGAAUCUAGCCAGCAGCGAACGCAGAACAAUUUCGGGCAGCCCGCGACGUUGCUGCCCUCGCCACAAACUGUACCAGCCUAUAGCUCAAGUGGGGCUCAGUACAACAACAAUGCAGCGGUUCCUGGGGCGAGCAGUGCUGCAGCUAUGACACAGAUCUCUACCGCUGAACUACAGCGGCGCCAAGAUGAGCUGGAGAAGAAAGCCCAGGAGCUGGAACGGCGCGAGGCAGAACUGAUGAACAGUGCCAACGCGAGUCGACCCAACAACUGGCCGCCGUUGCCGUCGUUCUGUCCGGUGCAGCCCUGCUUCUAUCACGAUAUCAACAUCGACAUCCCGACCGAGUUCCAGAAGAUCGUACAGAACCUGUACUACCUGUGGAUGUUCUACGCUCUGGUCAUGGCCGUCAACAUCCUCGGCGGACUGGUGAUACUGAUCCAUUCCGGGGAUUUCCGUACCUUCGGGUUGGGUAUUUUCUAUGCGAUUCUUUUUACGCCGGCUUCGUUCCUGUGCUGGUAUCGUCCGGCGUACAAAGCCUUCAAGAAUGAUUCCAGCUUCAACUUCAUGAUGUUCUUCUUCAUAUUCUUCUUUCAAACACUUGUCACAAUUAUUCAGACUAUUGGUUUCCCAGGCUCGGGUACCUGUGGGGUUAUCAUGGCCAUCACGCAGUUCGGUGGCGGUGGAAUCGGCAUUCUGGUCGGUAUCUUCGUGCUGGCUAUUGCCUUCGGAUAUGGUUCGUGUGCUGCUGGAAAUAUUUUCAUGUUGAGCAAAAUCCACGCCAUUUAUCGCAGCGGAACGGAAACUAAUCGGAUUACGAUGGACAAAGCCCGUCAGGAAUUCCAGUCCGGUUUCUUCGGUAAUCAGAUCGUGCGAGAUGCUGCCGCUGGCGCUGCUCGGGCCACCGUACAGUCGCAGUUUAACCAGAACAGGUACUGAAAUCCCACUUCUACAAUAAUAGCAAACAGCAAAGCAUACAUAUUUUUUUACAAAAUAAUUACUCCAGCAAAUUACUUCAAACGAAACGUUUAUUUAUUAUGCGAUUACAAAUACUUACAAUCGCGUAGUUUACUGUAGACCUUGCAGGUUCUCUUCUACCCUGUUGCUAUUUCUUGGUUAUUACAUUUUUCGAUUAUGUUUCAAUCUCUAUUUUUUUUUGGUUCGUUCAAAAAUAGUAUUUGUUGUUUCUAAAGUAAAAACCCUAUCGUUUUGAGAUUCGAUUAUGUACACACUUUUCGUGUUUUGACUUUGUAUUGACCAGUCCAGACUAGUGAUGAUCAGUGAAAUCAAUAUUAUAAUGAUAAAUGAUUGCGUAUGAGUCGUUAGUGUUAGUGAGGAAGAAACAUACAGAACUAUUUGAUGACCCAAGCACUAUAUUAAGUAAGCAUAGUAACUAAAGGAAUGACGAAACACUAAACUGUAAUCAUUGAAAAUGAUUAAACUUAACUCUAACUUAUCACAUACGGGAAAAAAACUGAUAGGAGUCAACUAAGAGAGAAAGGAGACGAGUUAUAAAGUUAACCGCUUUGUUGGAGUGAAGUGAAGAUUAAAAACAUACAACUAAUGAUAGAACUAAUGUUGAAGACAAAAGAAGCUGUUGUUAUUAACUAAGUGUAACGGAACAAACUUUGCUGAUCGUCCUUUUUUUAGUUGUUAGUCAACGAAUACAUUCGUAUUAUUGAGAUAAGCGGAGUUAGUACCCGAAUCAAAAUUAACAAAGUCUUUAUUCGUAAAUAUAUUCAACAAAUCGGUAUAAUUGUGUCACACGAAGUUAUGUAUUAUGAUUUCUUUCAUUAUUAUCCCUACUCCUUCCAUGAUAACUGCACAGGAGUCUCAAUAUACUAAGAUAGCAAUGCUGUUGAGUUUCUCUUCCCAGCGAAAGCGCAAACAGUCUUCGCUUCGAAAUUCCAACUUAACAGACUUAAAACCGUAAAGUUCUAAAGUGAUAGCAGAAAAUUCCUAUUCCAGGGCUAAUUUAAUAUUUUCUAAUUUGGUUUGGAAAAUAGCAUGAUAGAGAUAGAAAGAUAUGUAGAAAGAUGGGGAGAGAGAGCUUAUGUCAGUUCAGGUAUGUUUGAACUAAGAGAGAAAUACUUAACUGAUCAUUUAUUUUACUUAACUUACUGAGCUAUUAUCUGGUUUUGAAAUACUUUUUACUGUGCAGCUUGAAAUAUUGAACGCUUUCGACAAUUUACUCUACAUUACCGGUUUACUGCAGUGUAACUUCUAUAUUUUUGGUAUACAUAUUCAGUUUUCUUAUCGUACCGGUAUUUGUUUUCGAAAAUACAUUGAUGAUGGAUAUAACAGACCGCAAUAAACAAAACAUAUUUAAUAUGAUUAA